AUGGCUCGUGACGAUUCAGAUGAAGAGUACGUUGCCCCAGGUAGUCCUGGAGAAUUGUCAGACGACAAAAAGGAGCUAUCGGACAGCGACAACAACCAGGAAGAAGAAGAUGAGGACUUACAAGAUGAGGACAAUGAUGAAGAUGAUGAUGACGAGAUAGUCAUUGCCAAAAGAACUCGAGCCAAAUCCAAGGCUACUACAGCCAUUAGUGAUCUUCGAGGAGCUAACGGGUAUUCAUGGGAAGACGAGUACCAAAGAUCUUGGGAUGUCGUCAAGGAUAACGAAGGGCAGUCGUUGGAAAGUAUUAUUCAGUCGAUGAUUGAAGCUCGAAAGAAAAAGAUCAUGAAGAAUUCCAGUGGUUCAUUCCAAAGAGGAAUCAUAAGGACAUUAAUUGUCAUUGUUGAUGGGUCGCAAACGAUGCUGGAGAAGGAUUUACGACCCACACGGUUUCUGAUGACAUUAACAUAUUUGGUGGAUUUCAUAGUGGAGUUCUUUGACCAAAACCCCAUAUCUCAAAUGGGUAUAGUGCUUAUGAGAAAUGGUGUCGCGACAUUAAUCAGUGAGGUGAGCUCGUCGCCUCAGUAUCAUCUUGAUAAUAUCCGACACGUUAAGGCGAGACAGCAUAACAAGUUUGAGCCCAAGGGGGACCCUUCGCUACAGAAUUCGUUGGAGAUGGCCCGAUCACUUUUGAUGUAUAAUUUCGGUAAUAAUAGUACCACCAAUAAUAAUGGUGGUGAAUCAUCAAAGAAUUCUAAAGAGAUACUAAUUUUGUUUGGGGCUUUAUUCACUAGCGAUCCAGGCGACAUUCACCAUACAAUUAAUAACCUCAUAAAAGACGACAUUAAGGUGAAGAUCAUAGGUUUGUCAGCCCAGGUGGCCAUAUGUCAAGAGAUAGUUAGAAGGACAAACAAACUAACGUCCGAUACGUCAUCGUGUUAUGGAGUCAUUAUGAACGAACAACACUAUAAAGAGCUUCUACUUGAUUGUGUGAUUCCAUUACCUAUUACUAUCGAAGAGAGUCUAAAGCAAGUGAAACAGAACAGAGGCGUUGCACUAAUAAAGAUGGGGUUCCCUUCCAAGAUCCAAUUGACUACCAACAGAACGUCUUUGGAUUGGCCUCAAUUGUGUGCAUGCCAUCCGACCCAGGGGUCUGAAGGUUCAAAGAAUAACCUAUUAAUUAAUGAUAAUCCAGGCAAGAGUUUAGUGGAUGGUGGUGGAGGCAAUGGUGGGGGAGGAAGUAUUGGUGGUGGUAGUAACGGUAACGGGAUUAAUCCAUAUAUUGGUUAUCAAUGUCCUCAAUGUUCAGCUAAAGUAUGUCAUUUACCUACCAUUUGUCCAAUCUGUGGUUUGAUGUUAAUUCUUUCGACUCAUUUGGCCCGUUCAUAUCAUCAUUUAGUACCUUUGGCUGCUUAUAAAGAGGUCCCCAUUGCAAAAUCAUACAAGAGUAAAUACUGCUAUGGAUGUUUGCUUCUUUUCCCAAACGGUAUUGAUGAUUUGGAAUCCAUCGAUAAGUUGCUGAAUAGAACAAGCUCAAGAUACAGGUGUCCUAAAUGCUCCAAUGAUUUUUGUAUUGAUUGUGACGUCUUUGUUCAUGAAACCUUGCAUAAUUGUCCUGGUUGUGAUAGCAUGUAA